GGCUCGUGGGAGCCGGUCCGCGGGGCGGCGGGGCUCGGUGGGCGCGGGGAAGUGCCAUGCGGCGGGGCGCGCUCCUGGCGGGCGCCCUGGCCGCCUACGCCGCGUACCUGGGGCUGGGCGCGCUGCUGGUGGCGCGCCUGGAGGGGCCGCAGGAGGCUCAGCUCCGCGCGGAGCUGGAGAUGCUGCGGGAGCAGCUGCUGCGGCGCAGCCCGUGUCUGGCCGCCCCCGCUCUGGACGCCUUCGUGGAGCGAGUGCUGGCGGCCGGCCGGCUGGGGCGCGCAGCGCUCGCCAACGCCUCGGGGCCCGCCGACGCCUCGGACCCCGCCUGGGACUUUGCCUCUGCUCUCUUCUUUGCCAGCACGCUGGUCACCACCGUGGGCUAUGGGUACACGACACCACUGACGGAUGCGGGCAAGGCCUUUUCCAUUGUCUUUGCGCUCCUGGGCGUGCCGGCCACCAUGUUGCUGCUGACGGCCUCAGCCCAGCGCCUGUCACUGCUGCUGACCCAUGCUCCCUUGUCCUGGCUGAGCAUGCGCUGGGGCUGGGACUCCCGGAGGCUGGCCCGCUGGCACCUGGUGGUUCUGCUGGGGAUCACGGUGACCAUCUGCUUCCUGGUGCCCGCCGCAAUCUUUGCCCACCUUGAGGAGGCCUGGAGCUUCUUGGAUGCCUUCUACUUCUGCUUCAUCUCUUUGUCCACCAUUGGCCUGGGUGACUAUGUGCCCGGUGAAGCCCCCGGCCAGCCCUACCGGGCCCUCUACAAGGUGCUGGUCACAGCCUACCUCUUCCUAGGUCUGAUCGCCAUGGUUUUGGUGCUGCAGACUGUCCGGCAUGUGUCUGACCUUCAUGGCCUCACCGAGCUCAUCCUGCUGCCCAGUCGUCGCCCUACCGGCUUCCAUGAGGAUGAGGACGACCGGGUGGACAUUCUGGGUUCCCAGUCAGAACCACACCAGCAACUCGCCACCAGCUCCCACGCCGACUACGCCUCCAUCCCCAGGUAGCUGGGGCAGGCACCUUGAGGCUGGAUGGACCUAGCCUGCGGCUGAGGGACCAUGUGACUGGAGCGGACAUACUAGACCAUCGUGGGCACACGCCAGUGCUCCUGAGAGCACCGCCACAGCUGUCCCUCCUUUGUCGUACCUGCCCUGGGCUCCCCAGGCACCCGCAUUGCUUUGUUCUCCUGGCUCUUCCCUCCUCUCCCUCACAUUCGAUGCCUCUUCGGCUUUCUCACCGUCUCUGUCUUUCCCUCCCAACGUCUCUUUUUCUCUUACUCUUUUACUCCAUCACUUACUUCUCUCAGCGACGCACCACCUACAGUUCUGCCAGGCUCUGGGCUCUAUCAUUUCAGGCACCAGAUCGGUCACUACACCUUGGGCACGUGACAGUCCUUUCUGAGCCUUCAUUUCCUUAUCGUGGAAAGAACACAGGGUAGGGCAAAAGUAGGUUUACAGUUGUUCGUAUGGGAAAAUAAUGCAA